ACGCUUUUGGCUGCUGUUCUCGGCAGGAACCACCAAUUCGUGGGGUCCUCCUCUCUGGACAGCCCCUCCAAGCGACCAACAAGCCCCUCAGCAAGCCGCCUCCUGCCUGCCUUGCCUGGGCCGUUUCUCGAGCCGCCGACUGACAUCUUCUCCUUUGCUCAACUUCUUCCUUUCCCUUCCGUCGAGCCACUUUCGCCUGGAUCUCAUCCUCCUCCAGGCCACUUGAUUGCCCUUCAAAAUGGCUUCCAGCUUUGCUUCCAAGCGGCUGGCCAAAGAGUUGUCCAAGCUCAACUCUGGCCUACCACCCGGUAUCGAGCUCAUUUCGGCCGACAAUUUCGAGGAAUGGAUCAUGGACAUCAAAGUUUUGGACGAUAACCCGCUGUACAAAGACCAGGUUUACAGGCUGAAAUUCAAGUUCUCCCAACAAUAUCCCAUAGAACCCCCAGAGGUCACCUUCGUCAAGACGACCGAGCGACCGAUUCCCAUGCACCCUCACAUCUACUCCAAUGGCAUCAUCUGUCUCGAUCUGCUCGGCAGCCAAGGCUGGAGUCCCGUACAGAACGUCGAAAGCGUCUGCAUGAGUAUACAGAGCAUGUUGACAGGCAACGAAAAGAACGAGCGGCCGGCGGGAGAUGACGAGUUCGUUCGGAGCAAUCGUUUGCGCCCUAGAGAUAUUGACUUCUACUAUCACGAUAACACCGUUUGAACAACACAAGACAUUUGCGCGGCAGGGUUGGGUAUGGCGUUGUAUCGGAUUUCGGCAUACAGAAGGGGAAUCCCAGGACAAGCAGAGCAUUCAGGAGCUGGUGCUCUGCUGAGGAAGAGAAGAUGGAGGUGACCAACACGGUUUUUGGCCCUCGUCAGCUUUCGUGGAGCGAGAUCGCAAAGAGAUCGGCCGGGAAAAUUGUGUCACAAGCGGGAUCGCAUCCCCGUAGAGGACGGUAUUUGACACCCAUGUUGAUGUUUGGUAGGAUCAGCGGACCAUACUUUUUUGGCCAAGGUAUACACAUCCUUGGUGGCCACUACUGCGCAUCAUGUUAGCACGUAGACCAUAUUCCAGAGCAUUCACGCUGCAAGUCAGUAGAGCAAAUCGUCGCGAAUAGCGAUCGCGAAGCAGUGUCUUUCGCAACUGGAAACAUGUCCAGGUUGAG